CGAACGUACCACUAGCAUCUCUCAGCUGGACCAUUUGGAACGCCUUACGAUGUACAUAAGCCAACUGUUCGCCGCGAAGCUUCGAAGCAGCUAAUUCGCCUUCCAAGCAUCCCCUACAUACUCACCAUGUCUUCCACCACCCCCCUCGACACCCUGCGCCCCAUCCUCCAAACCUACAGCGUCCUCGCAAUCACGCUCGCAGCCGGCACAAACCUCAGCUCCACCAUCGUCACGCUCCCCGCCCUUCUCCAGUCCCCCCCCGCAACCCUCGCAAAACAGUGGAAAAUCCUCUUCGACCACGGCAUCACCCCCGUCGUCGCACUUACGCUCUCCUCCGCCGCGGGUUUCGCGACGCUGGCGUACAACGCUGCGCUCACGCCGUCCGUCACGGCAACGGGACUCGUGUCGCACCGGGCGCGCAAUUUGUAUGCUGUGGCGGCGCUGCUAGGUGUGGGGUUGGCGCCGUACACGCAAAUUUUGAUGGGGAGUGUGAAUGCGGAGUUGGCGAGUCGAGCGGAGAGGGGGGAGAAGGGGGGUGAGUCGGGGACGCGGGGGCUGGUGGAGAAGUGGGGGAGGUUGAAUUUGGCGCGGGGGUGUAUGCUGUUGGCUUCUGCGGGGGUGGGGAUGUGGGCUCGUGUUCAGUGAGGGGAUGGUGUGUGCUGGUCGAUGCUUAGGAUAGUGGCGCUUUAUGCAAGGUAGAUGUAGUGGGUUGAAGACUAGAAUCAGAACGUUCCCGAGAGCAAAGACGACCUGUAUGCUGUACAAGACCGGCUUGGAAUUGAAGAGUAUAUAUUUCCACUGGUGACGCGGGCGUUGUUUCCGUUUCUGGAGCUGGACUAGGCCGAUAGCGACGAAGACUAGU